AAACUCGCGAAGUUUUCUUUCCUGCCCUGCGUGCACUCAAAUUUCUCUCGCGGAUCGUUUAAUCUUCCUCUCAACCACAGUUCAGGGUCUUGACAGGUCUCGUCACCGAAAACUCAUUCACGCAGAACAGGAGAUCUGCGGGAAAGAGAAAAUUCCGCGAGGCAAUGGCUCAUAACAGCGUCAAAAGUCUUCCACCGGCUUCAUCCACUGCCCAGGCCUCGAUAUCAUCAGCAUCAGAGACUGAUGACGAGACUCAGGACAAGCAAAGCUCUGCCUUUGUCACGUUCGAUGCCAUCUUUUUCUCGGAAAAUCGAGACUCGGAGCCCUGCUUUUCGCAUGAUUCCUGCAGCAAAAUGCCAGCUGGAGAUCUUGCACAAUUCAACUGCCAUGAGGAUGAAGACUACUUCGCGGAUGAUGACCGAAUCUUGGGCCUGGAUGACAUGCAUUCCGUUGACCGCAGGUGA